UCCCCCUCUGUCCCGAAUUAGGCUGCGGGGUCGUGUCUCCUGGCCUCCUAGACUGCGUGCUGAGCAGGAGACUGCAAGGACCAGCAGGACAUCGCUGCAAGAGCCCCGACCCAGCAGCUCCAGGCCGUUCCAGGGUCAGUGGGCCUGGAAGGAAAGGAUAUCGUGGCGUGAGCACACAGCCGUGACCGUAAGGGAGGCCGCCACGAGAGGCGCUCUGCUGAUACUCCCCGCCGGUACCCGGCGAUACCCACCGCGCGAGUGAGACGGAGAGAGAAGAACAUCGGGAGAAAGAAGAGGAUGGCAUACUCCACUCGCUGCAAGCUCGCGACGGUGGCGGCUGGUUGUCUGGUUGCCAUCGCCAUCGCCCUCAUCGUCGUCUUCACCAUGAAGGGAGCCGGAGCGCCUACCUGGGAGACGGAGAACCGCCUCCCCGACACCGUCGUCCCCAGCCGCUACGACAUCCUGCUGCACCCGGACCUGGACGAGAAGGCCCCUACUUUUGGCAACUUCACCGGCACUGUGGGAAUUCGUAUUGAAUUUAGAGAGGACCGGACAUGGUUUGUCGUUCAUGCCAAGUAUCUGGACAUCACGAAAGUUAGUCUGAAAAGUGAUGAUGGCUCAGUGAUUGAAUUGGCAGCUCCCAUUGAAAUCCCCCAAAAUGAAUGGUGGGUCAUUCAGCCAGCCAAAGGCAGUAUUCCACGAGGCACCCACACCUUUACGGUGGACUUCAAGGGACGGCUCGACAGGAGUAUUGUGGGAUUCUACCGCAGUGUCCACACAAAUGCUAAGGGCGAAAGCAGGUGAGCUAUCAUGUUUAAGUAAGGAUAUCAAAA